UUCCAGGACGAAUGAGCUUGCGGAUGCGUAAGCCAAAUUUAGAUGCAUUUGCACUGCUUCCAGCAGGUUCAGCCGCAGGCUUUUCCUUCACCAAGAGAAGCUGUUGAAAAAUGAAGAUCCCAGUUGAGAAGCAUUGUUGCUGUGGGUGCAUGAGCAAUAGGAAUGGAAGCAUCACCAUUGGAGUCCUGCGGGUGAUUUGCUAUUGCUCUCUCAUUGUGGAGAAGCUGUGUGAAAUGGCUGGAUACAUUGAGAGAAUGCAUUUCGAGGAUUUCGUCUCAGAAGAGAGUUGGUUAUCGCUUCUGAAGCAAAUUGAAGCAUAUACGAACCUCAACAUGUUGCAAAUGAUGGUCUCGCUUGUGUACAUCGUACCCGAUUUCCUUCUCAUUCAUGGAGUUCGGAAGAAGAAGAGGAGACUGAUGGUGCCCUGGUUGUGUCUGAACUUCCUAGAGUUGACCGCUGUCCUCUUGCUUCUGCUCUUCUUCUUCAUUGUACUCCUCGUGCUUCCUUACGACAAAGGAUGGUGUUCUCCUUAUGAUCUUCUUCGUCUUUACUGUCACAUUCUUCAUUGGAUUUUCCAUUGAGGUCCACUUCUUCCUCGUCAUCUAUUCCUAUUUCAAGACGAUGGAAAUGUGCUAUGUGGACAUCUUGAUCCCUGCAGUGCGACGCUAUCCAGCCGAGAAUCAAAACAUUCUUCGCCUCGCCGAAGGUGCCCAGACACCAUGCAACACGGAAAGUAUUGACACCCUUCGCGAUGUGGGAACUCGUGACGAAUCUGCGAGGGAGAUCGGCGAGAAGUACUCCCAACUGCCUCCACAGACCUCAGAUGUAGAGACCAAAUGGACUCUAUUUCGGUCUGGUGUUUCGGCGGCGGCAGCAAGAGUGUUCGGGGAGAAGCGCAUCGGAGUGGCUCCACGCUCGCGAGUCCCCAUCUCCCUCAUCCCAGCAAAUUCUCUCACGCCCAAACCCAACGCCUGCGCGCAUGAGGCAGACGGACGCAAUCGAUCUGGGCUGGGGAUGCCGCAGGAUCUCGUUCCCUCUCGCCCAUUCCGCUCGGGUCUUUCGUGGAUUGCCUGUGGGGAUUCUCCAAGUGCUGAUGAAACUAUCAGUUUCGUCAUGCCAUUGUCCAAUGAAGAUCGUCGGUCGGCUGUGAUCAGUUUGCACGAAGCUGGGAAGUCUCCCACCGAGAUUUUCCGACUGCUCCAGAACAAUGGCUACAACCGGAACUUCAUCAAACGUACAAUUCAGCGGAACGCGGUUGACAUGAGUCGCGGAUACACGGGGAGACUGGAAUUCCAGGAAUACGUUUCAGAAGAGACAUAUAAGAAUCUUCUUAUCUCCAGCAUGGUCACAAUUCCGGCGAUCCUCAUAGUUGAUUCCCUUCUCAUUCAUGGAGUUCGGAAGGGGAAGAGGAAACUAAUGAUACCAUGGUUGGCUCUGGAGCUCCUGGCGCUGAUCGUUGUCAUAAUAAUUAUCGUCGUGUUUUUCAUAAUACUUAUCGGAUUCCUUAUCACGACAAAGAAUGGUCUCUUCUUCAUCAUCUUCAUCGUCGUGGCUGUCGUUUUCAUAAUCGCAUAUUCCAUUGCAGUGCACUUCUUCCUCGUCGUCUACUCCCAUUUCAAGGAACUCCAGAAUCUCGAGCAUGCCGGAGAAGAGCAACGCACCGACGGCAAGCAGGAAAAUUUCAACGCUGAGAUUGUCUCAUACCGUUCGCAGGAGCAAGAAGUGUGAAUUUCAUCGACCAAAAAAUUGUCGUUGGGCUUCC